AUGCAAGAAGAAGAAGUACUUGGGUCUUCUUCACGCAGGCGUUUGUUUGUGCGUCACAGUACGUCCUCACUGGACAGCAGAUGUAGUCGUGGUGAAUCUAGUCCUCUAAAGUCUACACUCUCAUUGCUCCGAAGUUCCCAACAACGUACAAGUAUGAAAGAAAAUGCGUCUGACGUUGCCAUUUCCUGCAGGACGUCCAUCGGUGAUAACGAUGAACGCGAGGAGGCUAGAAACUCAAGUAAUACUUCACCUAAUGUGUACAAAUUUGACGUCUCGCAAUACAAGGAUGGUACAUUUCGUUUUGUACCUGCGUGUGCACGUGAUUUUAUUAAAUACACGGGACGAGUGUUGCACCAUGGUGCCCAAUGCACGCGCAAGACGAAGAUCAAUACGGUGCAAUUUGAUUGGCCCGCUGUGGCUUUUCAGGUCUCUGUUCGAGGUACCAGCUGCGUUGCGAUUCGACUCAAAGGAGAUGGCAACUACUUUAACGUGUUUGUCAAUAACAAGCUUCGCUGCAUCCUCCGUGCGUCACUUAAUGCGACGUGCUGUGACGUGGCAACUGGUCUAGAUACCAACUUGGAGUACACGAUCCGAAUUUGUAAGCGCACAGAGCCACAGAUGCGAGGUGCGAUGUCUACGUUCAAGGUUUGCACAUUCUAUGGGUUCAUUGUCGAGGAAAAUGCUGAGGUCUUGUCCGUGGAUCAACCCGAGCCGCCACCAAUGCGCAAGAUGGAGUUUAUUGGCGACUCGGACACGUGUGGCUUUGGUAAUGAAGGCAAAGCUAGCAGCGCCAAAAAUUUAUUUGGAAUGAAGGGGCGUAUGGAGAACGUCUACAACGGCUACGCGUGCGUGACGGCGCGUAUGUUUGAUGCAGAAGAGCAUGUCCUAGCGUGGAGCGGUAAGGGCGUCCACAGCAACUCUGCGGAUUGGGGUCCGAACAUGCCAGUCUUGUGGAAGAAUACGCUAGCAUCUCGACCAGGCGACUGGGAUAUGUCGAGCUGGAUACCUGAUGUUGUGGUGAUUAACCUGGGCAUUAACGACUUAUCACCACCUGCAUCAGCGGAGACAGACAUUAUCACGGGUUACUCGGCUUUUUUGCUGGAAGUGCGCUCGCACCGGCCAGACGCACACAUUUUCUGUGUGGUAUACGACGAUGGCUGUAUCAGCUCGGAAGACUCGGAAACGAACCGCAAGUUUGUGUCAUUGCAGCUGCAAGAGAUCAUCAAAGUGGCAAUCUCAAAGAUCAGCAAGCAUGACGACAAGAUGCACUACACCUUUAUUAAGGUGGACGAAGGUCUCGAGAAAGAAGACUAUGCGUCCAUGAUGCACUAUGCUGUUAGUGGUCACAUCAAGAUUGCCAAAGUACUUGCAGAGGAGAUUGCACUACAUACAGGGUGGAGUAUUGAGCAUGAACCAGAGACAAUGCCGUAUCCUCAGGCAAAAGACCAGAUCCUGACACCCCGAGACCAUUCAAAAACUUCUUGCAACGUUUCGUAG